AUGUCCAUACCACCAAUAGCAAUCCUCGGCGCAGGUCCGAGUGGCUUACUUCUCGCUCGACUACUCCACCUCCACAGAAUACCACACACAGUUUUUGAACGUGACGCACAUCGCUCAGAUAUCGGCCAAGGUGGAACCCUUGACGUGCACGCCGAGACAGGCCAGCUCGCACUCAAGAAAGCUGGACUACUGGAAGCAUUCAAGGCCAAAGCACGUUAUGAUGCCCAGCGUAUGGUGAUCUUCAAUAAAGAAGGCGAAGCGGCAUUGACGCUCGAUGGUACCGAUGGCGAAGGAAGACCGGAGAUCGAUCGUCGGGACUUGCGAGGGCUGCUGCUGGAUAGUGUACGGGAGGAGAGUAUCGUAUGGGGUGCGAAAGUCGCGGCUGUGAGGAGAAGUCCGGUCGAUCAGAGCAUGGAGGUAGAGUUGGUGGACGGUCGUGUACAUCGUGGAUUUGGGCUUGUCGUUGGAGCUGACGGGACUUGGACGAAGGCCAGAGAACUGGUCACGAAAGCAAAGCCAGUAUACUCCGGCUACCACUACAUCACGGCCAUGAUCCCGAAAACAAGUCCCUAUCACACGAAAGCCACGUCACUCGUAGGAGCUGGUGGGAUCAUGGCCACAGGUAGUCGUAGACAAAUUGCCGCACAGCGCAUGACCGACGACAGCUACAGCGUAGCAAUCGGCCUUGCGUUGCCCGAGAAUUGGAGUAGACAAACCGCGAACGCCGAGCUCUUGAAAAACACAUCCACCUUCAAAGACUGGGCAAUGACCGAGAAGUUCUCCGGCUGGUCGACCAGAGUCACGGAUCUCAUCAAAAAUAGCGAAGGCGCAUGCCGAGCCUGGCCGUUGUACGCCAUGCCAGUAGAGUCGCUAUCCUGGGAGACCGUGCCUGGCGUGGCGUUGAUUGGCGAUGCAGCCCAUGUGAGCACGCCAUUUGCAGGCGAGGGUGUGAAUUGCUCACUGCACGAUGCCCUUCAGCUCGCGGAACAGAUCGUCAAGCAUGGCCUCGACGAUUUGACGAGCGCAGUGUCUGAGUACGAGAAGUUUAUGUUCCCGCGAGCGAUAGCGAUGAUCACGGAGAGCCAGGCCAAUGGCGAGAUGUUGUUUGCGGAAGAUGCUCCUAGAGGUUUUGUCGAGGUCUUUAGUGCUUUUGCUAACGCCGAGAAGCAAGGGUGA